GUGGAGGACAGAGGAGUGGAUGACCACACAUACCUGCUGCAGCUUGGCGGCAGGCUUCCAACCCCACCCCAGUGCCUAACAGGUCCGCUGCCGUUGUACCGAGACGUGUACCGGGGUCCUGAUACCAGUUGUGUGGUGCGAGACGUGAGGCCAGGGGCUCCUUACACGCUCAGAGUCUGUGGGUGUGGAGAGCAAGGCCAGUGGGGAGCCUGGAGCCUGCCACGCCUUGCCACCACCCACCAGCUCGCAUUCCGAUGGUCUGACACCAACCCACACUACAGCACUAGUGUGGAAGGAAAGAUAGAUAGCCACUAA